CGCGGGCGCGAUGACGCGCGGCGCAGGCGCAGAGGGUCGGCGACGCCACGACGGUUCCUGGGCGUGUGGGCGGAGGAGCGCUGCAGGCUCUGAGCUGCUGGAAGAACAUUCUUGAGGUCAUCUGCACCGUCUGCCUGGGAAAAGAUGGUCAACGUCUUGAAAGGAGUGCUUAUAGAAUGUGAUCCUGCCAUGAAGCAGUUCUUGCUGUACUUGGAUGAGUCCAAUGCGUUGGGGAAGAAGUUCAUCAUUCAAGACAUUGACGACACGCACGUCUUUGUCAUUGCGGAGCUGGUUAAUGUCCUCCAGGAGCGAGUGGGGGAACUGAUGGACCAGAAUGCCUUUUCUCUGACCCAGAAGUGAAAAUGCCAGAUGUUGAGCACUUGGGAACUACAAACCACAGCCGUGAAAGAGGCCCAUUCAGUGUCUCAUACAAUAUUUAGACUUUUUAUGAGCAUUUUGUGGGGAAGGCUGCAGGCCCAUUUAUUCAGAUGGAAGCCCCCAACUGAUUUGGUUGGACCAUUAAAAAAAUGUUUUUAAAGAAGAACUGACAAUUGGCUUCAAUUUGGCUUUUAUUAUUCUUUAUAAUAAUCAUAGUCGUGCUGGUAAGAGGACUCAGCUGGUCAAGGCCCUUGCCACCAAGCCUGACAACCUGGAUUUGAUCUGGGGACCCACACAUUGGAAGGGAAGAACUCCCAUGGGUGUCUCCUGACCUCCGUGUGUGUAUCCCCCUCCCACACAAAUAAGUAAACGUAAUCAAAAAAGUCAAAUCAUAAAAGUUUUCCUACCUUUUUUUUUUUUUAACACCAAUUAAAUACACCAGAAAAAUAGUAGAGUUUGGUUAAAUUAUCAUUGUAACCGGGAUGUUAUGAAUUUUGCCUGUGCCUGUUAAGUAUGCAUUUUGUGCUGCAGAGUUAGAACAACAAGUGGGAAAGAUAAA